AUGACCUCACCACCGACUGGCGUCUUCGUUCCCGUCCCAACUUUCUUCAAACCCGCGUCGGCGACAGAAACUCUCCAGCCCGCUAUCGAUGUCGAAACCCAAGUCGCACACUCCGUCCACCUCGCGAAGAAUGGAAUCCGCGGCCUCGUUCUGCUCGGCUCGACGGGGGAGGCCGUCCACAUGUCGCGACAGGAGCGCUUCGACCUCCUCGCCGGUGUUCGCAAGGGACUGAACGAUGCGGGAUUCCCCGAUUACCCGAUCAUGGCGGGAGCGCUCGUCGACAAUGUGGAGGAGGUGUUAGAAUGGCUGCGGGACUUCGAGAAGGCUGGUGCACAAUGGGGACUUGUGCUUGCACCAGGAUACUUUGGAGCAGUUGCCGAUCAGCAGAACAUCAGGGAAUGGUACACAGUGGUGGCAGAUAAUUCUCCGAUACCGAUUCUUGUGUAUAAUUAUCCGGGCGUCACGAACAAUGUCAUGGUUACUCCCGAGACAUAUCGGAUUCUCGCACGACACCCGAACAUCGUCGGCUGCAAAAUGUCGCACGGGAACGUCUCUCACCACGUACAAGUUUCCCUAGAUCCCGAUAUCGAUCAUACAAAGUUCCGCGUCUAUAGCGGUUUUGGACAACAGCUGGGUCCUAUCGUGUUUUUUGGUGCUGCUGGUGUCAUCGACGGACUUGCAGCGAUAUACCCGAAGACAGUAUCUAGGCUCAUGGACCUGGCAGAGAAGAGACCGAUAGAGUCCAAUGUGCUGCAAGAGGUACAGGAGCUCCAGUAUGCUGUCAGUUCGGCGGAGGAGUAUGUGGGCAAGUACGGUAUUAUUGGGAUUAAGGAAGCGGUGCAAAGAGUCUUAGGUAUGGGAACGCUGGAGGGCGGAAGAUUGCCUCUCAAGGGGAAGUUACCAGAAGGGGAAUGGGAGAAGUGGCAGGAGGUGUUGGGACGAAUGCAGGAGAUCGAAGAGUCGUUGUAG